AUGGACACGCUACUCUCUGGAUUAGAGGGCGUCGGAGCCUACUUAGACGACAUUCUAAUAACGGGGUCCACUCAGGAAGAGCACAAUGAACGUCUGCGUGCAGUACUCCAACGGUUGCAUAAAGCUGGACUGAAAGCACGUUUCGACAAAUGCCUUUUUGCGGUUCCUGAACUGGAAUACUUAGGAUAUCACAUCCAAUCUACAGGCAUCACUCCGACCAGGAGAAAGGUACAAGCCAUCAUCGACGCUCCUGCACCACGUAGCAGGAAGGAACUUCAGUCAUUUUUGGGCCUCUUAAGCUUCUACAACCGUUUCCUGAAGGAUAGAGCGACAGUGGCGGAGCCUCUGUACCGGCUGCUCGACAAAGAGACCUCCUGGAAGUGGGGACAUCAAGAACAAAGCACGUUCGAAGAACUAAAACAGCUUCUGGUGAAGGCACCUGUUUUAGCACAUUUUGAUGAAUCCCGGCCGAUCAUCCUUUCCUGUGAUGCCUCACCAUACGGAGUUGGGGCCGUUCUCUCUCAACAAACAGUCGACGGAGAUGAGCUUCCAAUAAUGUUUGCUUCGCGCACACUGGGUACUCACGAGAGGAACUACGCACACCUGGACAAGGAGGGUCUGUCCAUCGUUUUUGGAAUGAAACACUUCCAUCACUUUAUUGCAGGCAGACACAUUACGGUGUUCACGGACCACAAACCGUUAUUGGGAAUCUUGAGCCCUAACAAACAGAUUCCUCAGAUGUUGUCACCCCGAAUGAUUCGCUGGUGCCUUUUACUAAGCGCAUAUGACUAUACCUUGGUAUAUCGUCCUGGAAAUCGGCAUCAAAACGCAGACGCAUUGAGCCGUCUCCCACUGCCCAUAUCCGUCGAUGGUCAAGCAUCACUGGGUGAGGUACUAAUGCUAGAAGCACUCCACUGCGAUCCACUGGAUGCUAACCAAGUGGCACAGCUUACUCAACGUGACGUCAUCUUGUCACGGGUCUUGGAAGGUGUCCAACGGGGUGAUUUCUCAGAUUGGAAUACAGAAGACCUUCUUCCCUACAGACGUCGAAGGUCGGAACUUGCCGUCUGUAAAGGUUGCCUCACGUGGGGUUCCCGGGUCAUAAUACCUCAGAAAGCUCAGCCCUUGGCACUACAAAUGCUACAUGCAAACCACCCAGGAGUAGCAGCAAUGAAGAGCACCGCUCGAAGUCAUUUCUGGUGGCCAGGACUUGACCACGACAUCCAGUUAACAUUUGACAGAUGUCACACGUGCCAAACUUGGGCGCGUGCAAGUCCAUCCUUCGUGGAUGAAGACUUCAAACGCCCUGAUGCUCCUUGGCAUACGCUACAUAUCGACUUCGCGGGUCCAAUGGACGGUUGGUCAUACCUCAUCAUAGUCGAUGCAUUCUCGAAAUGGCUGGAGGUGAGACGGCUACGAACCACUACCUCUGGAAACAUCAUACAGGAGCUACGUAAUGUCUUUGCGACAUUUGGCAUACCACGUGUUCUCUUCUCGGACAAUGCUCCAAAUUUCGUUUCCGGAGAGAUGUCCGAAUUCUGUAAGCGCAACGGAAUCAAGCAACGUACAAGUGCCCCGUUCCAUCCAGCCACAAAUGGCCAGGCCGAAAGGAUGGUCGCUGAAACAAAAAAAGCACUUCGCAAGCUCACUGAGAACAACACUCAGUGUCGUCUGGCACGUUUUUUGUUUCGACAGCAUACCACAGUGUCAAAGACAACCGGGAAGACCCCCGGAGAACUGCUGUUUGGUCGCCCCCUGACAACAGCUUGGAAUUCAAUACAUCCUCAGGAGCAUUCAGACAACAUGCCCAACGAAUCAAGCCAAACGACUGAGAAAUACAAAGUAGGGCAGCCAGUUUAUAUUCGGAUGUUCCACAGCGGGCCGCGAUGGCUUCCGGCAACAAUACUAAAGCAGACGGGCCGAUCUUCAUUUGCUGUCACGUCUACCGACGGAAGACUCGAUCGCCGCCACGUUGACCACAUCAAGCGCCGAAUCCUUGACAAAAUGGAUAUAACUGGUGAUACUGCAGCCAUGGUAACUGCACCCAGCCUUUUGAAUUUCCCUCCAUCCACGGACACCGAGCAGACACAGCAGAGUACGUCGCAGGAACCAGCCUUCCCUUUACUGACUACAGACCAGGCAAGCGGGCAGGCUCAGGGCACUCAGCAGCCAAACAUGCGAACGGGACGUUUUGGGCGUGUCAUCAAGACACCGGCACAUUUGAAAGACUUUGUCGUAACUUAG